GAGCCAUUUGCCCAUUCUCCGUGGUUACGACUUACAUGCAUCAGCUUGGAUUACGUGCGGGGUACGACUGUGCGGAUUGCGGAGCGUGUGAUGUCUGGGAGUAUUUGUCUCGUGUUCGUUUCGAGUGUCAAAUCAUCGAUAAUGUUUUGAAUCACGUGUUGAGAUUCAGUAAAAAAACCUUGUCGUCUGUUCAUGUGAUUGUGAUGAUUGAGAGUAGUGGAUUUUUGUUAAAAGUGUCCAGUGUGUCCUGAGAUGCAACCAUCAGCAUAUCGCCGCUUGUGAUCCCGGGACAGGAGAGGCCGCAUAUCAGACAUUUCAAAGUAAUCACGACUUGAUACAUUGCCAUUCAAAAUGGUUAGCAACGGUUCCGGCAGCACUCCCCGUAUCCAGGUAUUUAGACCAACUUACGAGGAGUUCAAAGAUUUUGCUAAGUAUGUCGAAUUUAUGGAAAGUAAAGGCGCUCAUAAGGCAGGUUUGGCGAAAGUAAUUCCUCCGCCAGAAUGGGUACCGAGGAAAGGAGGAUAUGACGUUGAAUCUUUAAACAUAAACAUACCUGCUCCUAUUUGUCAAGUUGUGACAGGAAAGCAGGGACUGUAUCAGCAAAUUAAUAUACAGAAAAAGCAAAUGACUGUAAAAGAAUUCCAAAAGCUGGCGAAUUCAGAGAGGUACAAUACCCCCAAGCACUUUGAUUAUGAAGAUUUGGAACGAAAGUAUUGGAAAAACAUCACUUAUGUAGCUCCAAUUUAUGGAGCGGACGUGUCUGGUUCCCUGACGGAUCCAGAUGUCAAGGAAUGGAACAUUAAUCAUUUAGGCACUAUUUUAGAUUACGUUAACAAAGAUUAUGGCAUUUCUAUUGAUGGUGUCAAUACAGCGUAUCUCUAUUUCGGAAUGUGGAAAACUACAUUUGCCUGGCACACCGAAGAUAUGGACUUGUACUCGAUAAACUAUCUACAUUUUGGUGCACCCAAAACGUGGUAUGCUAUUCCCCCUGAACACGGAAGACGCUUGGAACGACUUGCCAGUGGGUUUUUCCCAUCAUAUUAUCAGAACUGUCAAGCAUUUCUGAGACACAAGAUGUCAUUGAUUUCUCCACAAAUUUUGAGACAGUACUCAAUUCCUUGCAAUAAAAUAACUCAAGAAGCUGGCGAGAUUAUGAUAACAUUUCCAUACGGUUAUCACGCAGGCUUUAACCAUGGUUUUAAUUGCGCCGAGUCUACAAACUUUGCGGCUCCAAGAUGGGUUGAAUACGGAAAGCGGGCAACACAGUGUACAUGCAGUAAGGAUAUGGUGAAAAUUUCCAUGGACACGUUCGUCAAACGGUUUCAGCCAGAAAGGUAUGAACUGUGGCUACGUGGAGAGGACGUUGGAUCUCAUCCUGAGGAUCCUCGGCAAACAGCUGCACCAAUGCCCUCUCAACUGGAUCUCCUUUGUAAUAGUGAAAGUAAUGGAGAAUUGCCAGAAGGAUAUCUAUCUGCUGCACCUAAAAAUAAGCGCCAUACGAUUCAUUGCAAAAAAAAUAAUCCUAACACGAAUAUGGAUUUGACGCAGCUAGUUAAAAACCAGCCUAAUAUUCCUACGUAUGUCAAACAGUUCCUUCAGAUGAUGGAUGAUGAAGAAGCUGAGGCUGAGCCUGAUGAGCAACAAUUGGAGGUUUUGGAAGACAUCUGGUUGAAGGCGGGAGAAAUGGAUGUGGAUGAGGUUUCUGUUUAUGACGAUGGUUACAAUCGUAAAAAGGGCAGGAAAAGAAAGAAGAAACUGAUUUCGGAAAGAGAAAAGCCGAAAACAAGAAAGUCAUCUCUCAAGUUCAGGGCCAACUCUGAUUGUAGUUCGACUACGGCUGGUGAUUCAGAAAAUAGUGUCACUGUGAAAAAGGAGUUAUCGAGUGCAUCUGAAGGUGAAGAUGGUGACAUCUCAUACAAACCACUCAAAGUCAAAAUUAAAGUCAAACCCGAGAAAGGAAGACCUGGAAGGAAGAAGAAGAAGCAUCCUAAUGAUAAGGAAAAGGAAGCAAAGAGUUUCGAAGUUAAGAAAAAUAAGGCGCGGAAGCCAACUAAGAACAAGCGAAAGUCUCCAAAUGAUGAAGUAUUCCAUUCAAAUGAACCAUUGGAUGUAUCUGAUGCAGAUGUUCAGCGAAAGCUUAUGGCAAUGCCUAGUCUAACUGCUUACAAAGCCACUUCUUCAAUAAAAGAAUUUCCCACUGCUCAGAAUAAAGUUCACUCUUUUCCUGCAAAUAACGCAGAGAGCAAAGUAACAAUAAUCGCUAUUAAAGACAAUAAUGGACCCUCAAAUAUCACUUUAACUCAUGAUAAUAGAACAGAAAAUGAUAUUGAAGAGGUGAAAGAAAAGUCUGUCGAUGACUAUGCGAGCAUAAUUCAAAUUAAAAACGACAUCAAAUCUGAUAUGGAAAUAAAACGUUGCAAGCCGCCCAUUUUAAAACGAUCCAAUUGUUCUGUGCAGCGUAAGAGAGCAAAAAAUGUCUCCAACGCGAAGCAGAGUACAUCCGUUAUUAACAUGGAUAAUGCAAAACAACUUAGUUAUUCAGCCUUAAAAAGUGUAAACACGACACUUAUUACCAAACAAGCAGCGAGGUAUGAUAGAAAUAGUAUUUUAAAAGCUCCGAAACUUAAUUUGCCAGUAGAAAAACAGGACAAUCAACAAAUGCCGAAGCUGGAAUCGGAGGAACCGAUACAAGGAAAUAAAGACUUUAGUAGAUUAAUAGAUACCGCUUAUAUUCUUCCCCCAAAGGUCUGGAACCCAACGCAGAAUCCUCACUUAAUAGCAACUAGUAGUGUCACUUAUUUACCAAGUAACACGACCAUCACUAAGUGUAAUCGCUCUAAUCAAUCAACAAUCUCGAGUCACUUAUCAACAUCCAAUCUAUCAGUAUCUAAUCAAUACACAUCUGUUAAAUACAGUCAGCCGCAGAAUAAUCAGAGGGCAGAGUUGCUCAAAACGAGUCUAUCUGUCCAAAGGAAUGCACCUUUGACACAACAAAACCGAAAUUUCCACGCUGAUAAAAUGCUUAUAGCAGAACCCGUGCCUAUAAACUACUCCAAAUCUGCUGGCGAGGAAUCUAAUAAUGUAAUCAGGAAAUUUGUUCAACUGUCUGAUCCUCAAAAAUUCUUCGUACAGGAUCUAGAUCCUGAGAACAAUUUCCAGCCUGCGGUUUCGUUAUUGACAAAUGGCCACGAUAAAGUUCCAUCGUCUUCGAUUGAUAAUUUGAGCCCACCAAUUAGAAUUCCAAAACCGUUAAUGACAGCAGCGACUAUAACACCUUCAAAUGUUCCAAAGUUUCCUUUAGGAAACGAUUAUCUUAAGGCUAAAAAAUCACCGUCUGGAUGUUACGUAGUCACUCCCAAAAAACCACCGCCCUCAUUGUUACGGAUAUCUGCAAAACCAAUUCAGAAGAACUUAAACAAAUCGAUCCUGUCAUCAAGGCCGUUUAUGCAGCCGCAUAGUUUUAAUAAGAGAGUGACUAACCAAGUGCAGGAGGAGGAAGAUGAUGAUGACGUGAUCAUCGAAGAAGUUGGGCCGAAACCUACUUUAGCAGAUAAAUGCUCUCUAUCGAUGGUACAGAAGAGGUGUUCUAUAUCGACGCAGGUUAAUAAUAUGCCUGGAUCGGAAAACAGCAUUUAUCGAUUUAAUGUGGCCAAUAAUAAUAAUAAUAAUAUUAACAAAAAAUCUGUAACUGACACAAUAGAUGUUUCUAUGUAUAGUACAAGGGCCCCAUCAUUUAGUUCUCAAACCAGCGAACAAAACUGUGAAUCAAAGUCAGAAGCUACGCAAAAUGAUUCACCCGAUUCUAAUAAGAACUUUAUGGAAUCUUUGUCACAGAAUUUGCAAAAUAAGAUACAGAAUAAGGCUCCUAGUAUCUUGCAUUCGAUAGAAUCAAAGAGUAGAAGGAAGUCAAAAGAGAAGCCGAAGAAAAUUGUGGUAAAUCGAGAUUUUGAUGAGAUGACAGAAUCGCCGAGUUCGAAUUGUCAGUCAGCAGCGUUAAGUUUCCACUCGAAAAGUGUUAUUUCUAUUAAUCAUGCGACAAUUCCAGGCCACGUUUCGGAGAUGCUUUAUCCGAAUGUACCGGAAAGCAAAUGUUUGCAGGCGUUUAAUAAUUACUGGAGUGCGCAAAUUUCACAUUGUGCUAUUUGUGCUCCUUUUGCCUUGGCUAAGAAUUUAAGCAACAGGCAAAUGUCCUCAGACUGGAAGUAUUGCACGGCAACAUUAUUACCUGAAAGUUCGCCGAUAUGGGUGUCUUCAAGGCUUUUUGCUGCAAAUUCUAAAGAACAAAAUAUAGAACCAGAAAAUAAUAGACUACUCCGAUGCAGAGAGUGUCACGUUACGGUUCAUGCAUCGUGUUAUGGGGUUACUGUAAUUUCCACAGAUUUACAAAGUUGGGCUUGUGAUAAAUGCAAGGCUGGAAAAAUGCAAGUGAUGUGUUGUUUAUGUCCGAUGAAUGGAGGAGCAGUAAAGCGAACGAGUGAUGGACUUUGGGCGCACAUAAUAUGCGCGCUCCUUUUACCAGGUAUAACGUUUAAAGAUGCUGUGAACAAAGAUCCCAUCAACGUUUUGACGAUGAAACUAGGUUUGACUAAACAACAAUGCAGUUGCUGUGGCCAAAAGAGCGGAGCCUGUCUUAGAUGUAAUCAAUGUAGCGCUCUCUUUCAUCCUUCCUGUGGUUUAGUAAGGGGCGCUACAUUCGUUAUUCCACCAUAUAAUUCAGAUGAACUAAAGAUAACUUGCCAUGGCCAUGAUGAGGGAAAGGAGAAAAUUCCCAUGGUUGGUCUAGGAGAAACUGUUUGGGCUAAGCAUCGUAACACCCGCUACUACAAGGCAAAAAUUGGUUCCAUACAGGAUACUCUUUUUUACAUGGUCACGUUUAGAGAUCGCAGUUUCAGCGAAGAUCUUUAUCCAGGCGAUAUCACUAACUAUGAUCCUCGAACUGUACCUGCAAUUGGAGCUCAAGUAAGAGUGAAAUGGACAGAUGACAACGUAUAUGAUGGAAUUUUUGAAGGCACUAACCACCGCAUUAUGUACAAUGUCGUCUUUGAAGAUAGUUCGCAACUUUUAUUGAAACGAAACGAAAUCUACAGUCUGCAGGAGGAUCUUCCUAAAAGAGUACGUUUGCGUUUGUCGGUUGCAACUGAAAUGAAGCACCGGGCGCACCUUUACGGCAUCGAGGAAGAAUCGGAAACGCAAAGGAAGCUGAAGCCGGCGAAAAAAGUAUGAUCGGAAAACAGUUAUAAUCUCGCAAUCUUAAUAAAAGUAAUCCGUAAUUUGUACAAAUUCUUUUGAACGUUAGUUCAGAAAGUCGCGUAUGCAAGAGGCGCGGACUUUUAUUCAAUUGACUUCUGAUUUUAAGUAAUAACUGGGCUAAAUUGAUUCAAUGUCAUUAUCGGUGUAACUUUUAGUUCUUUUUCCCCGCUCGAAAGAUUAUCUCGUUCAUUACUUACACUUUAUCGACCGUGUGAGAGGCGAGUAAUUGUAUGAUAUUAAUACAUAGCAUUCUUUAUAUAAAUAUAUGUAUACAGCGUGAAACAGGUCGAUUGUAUAUUUUUAGUGUACAUUUAGACGUACAAUGUAACUGAAUUAUAAAUCUUUCGCUUCCCAGCACUCUUCAUACCUUCAUUUCAUUGUUUUCACGAAAUGCAAUUUAUUGUUGCAGUGGCGUCCUCUUUUUAGGUCGUAAACAGCACUUUUGUAUUCUAUACCAUUAUAUACUAUACAAUAUAAUCCGCUUCAGUCGCCCAUGUUCUUUCCAGAUUUUUUUUAUCUGUGCGCAAUGUUAUUCCGAAAUUUUUCUUCAUCUCUGUCACAUCUAUGUCCUAUGUUUUUAAAGCUGAUAGUGGAUUGUUGGGUGGUGUGAAAAAAGGAGCUCGUGCUCGUUACUCUUAAAAAUAUUUUUAACACUCUGUUUCUCUGCGACAUCUCUUUUAAAGAUGUCAAUCAACUUGAUCAUGAGUAUUUUCACGUUAAGGUAUUACGUGUAAAUAAUUAAGUGAAGAUCGUUGAAACUUAAAAGGUUUAGCUAUACAUCACCAUUACCCGUUAUUCAUAAGUUGUGGUAUGCUUAAUAACUUAUACAAGAAGCAUUUAGAGAUAAGUCCAUUGAAAUUUGUAUCAUCUAGAACAUCGUUUAAUUAUUGUGUUGUAAAAUUAAGAGGGUUUAAAGCGCUGCACUCACGAUCGACGUCUUUGACUAGCUUUGAUCUCAUUCGCAACUUCGAUAUAGUAUUAUUCGGACUGUUCAGCGACGAUCCUUCGCAAGUGUAAUUCUUUAAUCACUAAAUAAUAUAAGUCAUACUUAUGUAUCGAAAUGUAGCAAUUAUGUGGAAACAGCGUGUAAUAAAGGACGCUGAUCAAAUACACAAA